AUGGUGGCUUUCAGGAAGGAUGUCAAUCUUAUUUGGGUUACGAAUGCGUUUCCUGAGGUGAGUUCGAAGAAUCUUCCCUUGCCCGGUCCGUUGGCGUAUGUUUCGAGUGCGUCGGAUGCUUCGGGGUCAGUGGGACAUGGUGCUGGGGAGCGUAGUCAGCGAUAUGAAAUUACCAGGGAAUAUCGGACCAACAAAUCAGUGGCAUCCCUCGCCCUCUGCGGCACAGGUAUUGUCUUCCAGGCAGAUAUCCGCGCCGACAGUAAUCGAGAUGGCCGAGUCGACCUCACCGGCGAGACGGACCUUAAGGAUAAACUGGAGUGGUCCAAUACUGCCGGAGCAAUAUUCCUAGCUAAUAUAGGGGACACAGACCGUCGCUGUUCCAAAAUAGCACUACAGGGUCCUCCGUUGUCUAAUGACGCGUUGGCUGCCUGCCAUGAUGCAUCGGAUGAUAUCCAGCGGUCUCCGGACUAUCUAGCGCCGCUUCGUACGGUCCCGAUAACUCACUUAGAUCCAGAUGCCUGGGGAACGGUAAGUAUCCACCAGGAGAUCUCGCGGAAGAAUGUCCGGAUCUUCCGACGGGAAGGGAAAGGGUGGGUGAUUACGGACAACGACCACCGAUUCUCUCAGGGGGACCUCGAACGGGGUCUUCAGCUGGGAAUCGAUGCUCGGGAUACGCGCAGACCAUUUGGCUGGGAUGGACGAGUCGAGGUUCAAUUUCAUGUGCAGAAUGGACGGUUACAUUCGGACGACUACGUUCGGUUACGUGUGGCCCCUGUUCUUACGCAUCAUCAUUUGCAACUUGCGGAGGAGUUUGUGGUCACGGCUGGGAAUGAGUCGGUUACGCCUGAUCAAUUCAACUUUGUGAAUGAUAUGCGAGCUGCUAUUGAGGAUACAGGUGUUGAUAAACCGAUCUUCUUGCUGGAGCAUUCGGAUGACGUUUGGGCGCAGGAUAUUCUCGAACCGGCAUAUACUAGUAUGCCUGGACCUGAUGGGAUUGUUACCCUCCAGGUGAUGAUUCGCUCGGUGCAGCCGUCUCGUGUUGCCGGAAGACAGGUUUUUGAAUACCUCCGCAAAACGGGCAGAGGUGCGGUGUAUGGGUUCGUUGGUACGCGACUUGAAGUGAACUCGAUGGGGAAUCUGGAAACAAUUCCGCCGUAUACAUGGGGAGGGAAAUCCUACCCGGCUGGUCGUGUUAUUGAAGGGGCUCAUGGGUCUGUGCAGCCUGAUAUCUACGGGUAUAUUCGAGCGCAGGAGUUACAGGAUCCCCUUGUCUUGGAUGUCGACUGGCUUGCGGUCGGACAUGUGGAUGAGUUCGUUCAGUUCCUGCGCGCAAAGGAUAGUCGACACGGUUGGGUGCUCUUCAUUGCUGAUCCCAUCGGGGGUAUUGAGAUCUUGAAGAAGGCUGAGCGAGAUGGAUACGGAGAUACCCCUGCCUUCUCACGCAAGAAUGCAACGGUGAUUCCUCCCAGUCCGCCUGAUCCUUAUGUGCCCGGGUACAGCAUCAGUGAGUUGCUCGCGAAGCCCGAUUUCGUGGAAAAGAACUAUGGGUUUGCACAACGAAUUGAAAAGGUUCAACGGGUUCUUCAAGAAGAGACCGGGGUUCCUGAUAGUGAUAUCUACAGAUUGCCGAGCGUGUUUGAAACAGGUGUCUGUUGGGGUUUGGACGAGGGCGUCCUCCCUGAACGAAACUGCAGUGAUGAGCAUGCUGCUGCUUUGUAUCCUGGAGUCAUUAACGGCCUUGUCUUGAGUGACUCGCAGUACCUGUCCCCGAAUCCGUGGGGGCCGGUCAUCAGCGGGGUUGAUAUCAUGGUUGAGGCCAGCAAUGCGGUAUACGGACGCAUUGGAUAUCAGGUCACGUAUAUCGAUAAUUGGUAUUCGCAUCAUCGGGACGGCGGGGAGGUUCAUUGCGGUACUAAUUCUAUUCGCACUGUGUCUGAACCAUGGUGGAGGGAGGAGGGUCAUUUGGGGAAAGGAUCACGGCAUGACGAGCUAUAG